AUGGCACCAGAGGGAAGGUUCGUUCGCAUGCAGAAGGGACGAAUCAGUCGGCAAAAGUCCUUUGCCGAAUUUAUGGAGACUAGAAUGCUCGAGUACGAGAAAAGUAUUGCAGCUGUCAAACGUAAGCUGUUCGCUCAAAUAUUGUCAUCGGAGACAGUCGUAGACAUCGGCAUUGGGACCGGCCCGAAUCUUCGCUUUCUACAGAAAGGCACACACGUGCUAGGAGUCGAUCCAAAUGAGUACAUGUGGCCGUAUGCAAUGCAGAAAGCCAGAGAAAACGGAAUAGAGCUUCGUGUGGUUGGCGGGGUGGGGGAGCAACUCCCAGUUGAAGAUGAAAGCUGCGAUGUGGUGAUUAUCACAUUAACGUUGUGCAGCGUCCGGGAUCCGUGUGAGACGUUAAAAGAAGUUCUGCGUGUGCUGAAGCCAGGGGGACGACUUUUUUUCAUUGAACACGUCAUUGCGGAUCGGUCCCGUCCUGUUUUUCGCCUUGUACAGAACUUGCUAAAUCCCCUUCAGGGCGCUCUUGCCGACGGAUGUCAUCUGAACCGAGACACAGCAAGCAUUUUGGAGAAUGUGCAGGGCUCAAGGUUUAGAUUCAGUGAGGUGCAAUAUGAAAAGUUUGGUGUCGGGGGAUCAUGGUGUCUUAUUCGUCCCCACAUUGCUGGGUGUGCUCGAAAGGAACCUUCGUAAGGUUUUCGUAUUGCAUUGCCUCCUGGCUGGCUUCCCCGAACACAUUUGAGAUGUGGAUGUGGCAUAAGGAAAUAGAAAAUGUCUGAAAGUCCGCUUGACGUCAUUAGAGCAAAUGGGAUACCGUAAGAGAUAGGAUACAGUGAGAUUCUCGAUUUGCAAGUUGCAAAACGACGGCUGCACUUCAGAGUAAGCGAAGAGAUAUUUGCCAAUGCGUCAGAUUGGCCCGGCGCGCGGACCAAAUAGACAGAUUGAAGUAGAAUUAAAGGAAGCGACGAAAACAAGAUCGUCCAGAUCUGAACAUGAGCACCUGUUAAACAAGCACACGUUUCAGAAGAAACUGGAUGAGGUGAGAUACGUUUCCCGAACACGAUUUUUUUAAACCAGAACUCGGUUUUUGAAGCUAACUAUAGGAAACUGAUAUCAAGCAAUCCAGAGCAUAUCUUUCACUUUGCUGAAUAAGAACCCUUAAGUCCCUUGCUCAAAAGGGAUUUUGUCUGCAUGUACUCCUUCCACACUCUACAAAUAGGCACUACAAUUUUCCUUUCGUAAGUGCGAAUACCGACACUGAAAGUGAGAACACAUCUCAGUUCCCAUUAUCUUCCAACAACUGCAACCAAGACAUGGCGUCAGAAGGCAUGCUUGUUCGCAUGAAGAAGGGAAGGACCACCUUCGAAGUGAUGGUCAAUGAAGGAGCGGUGAACAAGUAUCGCGAUGGCUCAAUCAAGAGGAUAGACGACGUGGUUAUCGUCCCAAGAAUAUGGACAAAUGCCAGUCAGGGGACAAAAGCGAGCGCCGACCAAAUCAAGGACGCCUUCGGCUCUGAAGACGUGAAUGGGGCCUUGGACAUCAUUCUCCGUGAGGGUGAUGCGCAGGAGAGUGCCCAUGAACGGCAGGCCAAGUUGGAUGCCAAGCGUCAGGAAAUUAUCGCUUCUAUUCAGAAGAAUUACUCGUCCCCGGAAGGGCGUCCUCUGCCGACGACGCGCAUCGAGAAUGCGUUGGAACGCAUAAAGUUGCGUAUCGAUGUUGACGUCGACGCAGAUAGGCAAGUCACUGGAAUGAUCGAGAGGCUUACGGCUGUCAUGCCAAUGAAGAAGAGCGCUGGUAUAAUGGAAGGAACAGUCACAGUCGCUACCUCUCUUGCCGGUGCGGUUUCAUCAGCGAUAAGGAAGCAUGCACGUGUCAACCGGGAGGUUUACGGAGAUACGGCAAAGUUUGAAAUUGAAAUGCUCUCAUAUGACCUCCUUAUGAAAGAAUUAUCUCGUGUCACCAAAGGGCAGUUUGAUUUCCAGUUGUCUCAACCUGCACCUGAAGAAACCGCACCAUCAUCAUCAUCGACCCCGGGACAUGGUAGUGGGCGAAAGGGCGGAAGAGGGAAAAGGGGGAGGGGACGGAAGUAGUGCGUUCGUGAAGUUUACAUGUAUGACCUUGGCCUAAUGAGCUAGCCCCUCCCCCGGGCAUCACAACCUUUUCUUCUUCUAAGAUAUACUAGGUGCCAUUCUUUUACUGAAGCAGCACCCCGACCCACUGGGCUCCAUUACAUGAAGGUCAUUGUAAUGUACAGCCCAAAAAAGAGAGCAAUAAGAGCAAUAAACAAAUAGUACAGAAUGUUACAGGCCUGUGCACUUGCGUUGU